AUGUCUGCGCCAUCUUUCUCGUCCUUUCCUACUGCGUUUACGUCGUUUCCGGACCUCGAUCCCGGUCCGAGCAAGCGUCCCGCUCAGACUCCUGCAGUAGAGUCCACGGAUGAAAAGAAGAGGAAGAAGAAGAAGAAAGAUAGGGAUCAGGGAAUGCGCAAGGAACGAAAGCACAGACCUGACAAGGAUGACCGUGACAGUCUCGAGCGGCACUCGGGCAGUUCCAGGAGGCAUAAGGAGGACAGAGCCUACCCAGGCUUCGACGAUGAACGUCUGAAGGCUCAGGAGGACAGCUCUAUACGUGCUGAGAGGACAUUUGACUCUGCUGCACAUGAAGAACAGGUCUUGUACUUCACGGAUCGUAAGGGUGAUCCGCUAAACGUGCAGUACGGCGGUCUGUAUGCCGGGAGCGUCCCGCGCUAUUACUUAGUCGGUGGCGGUAAGACGAUACUUGGAUUGGAGCAUGGAUGGAGGGUUGUGCACCGAGGACGCAAAGGAGUCGAAGUCGCUGUGGGCGGGAGGCGGAAGAUGCAUAGUCUCACAGACUCCAGCGCGCGACACUUGUUGCAUGCUGCACCUACCCGCAGGCUCCUGGCUUCCUCUGAGGACAAGUACAAAUAUGAUGAGGUCGAAGGUUUCCUACGUAUUUCGUCAGGACGCGAGCGGAAAGGCGACCCCUCGUACCGGUCGAUCACUAAACUACAGCAUGACACCAACUCCGAUGAAGCUGAGACUUCUGAAGACGAGGGAGAGGAGAGCUCAGGCGACGACUCGGAUACUACUCCCAUGACGUCCCUACAAGCCACGCUGAAAUCGCUCGAGGAACAGCUAUCCGCCGACCCGACCUCAGUCCAGACCUGGCUGUCCCUUCUCUCGCAUACGCUCUCCACCGUCCCCAUCACGUCGAAGAACGCCCCAAGGGCACGCUCGGAGAUCACGUUGUCCAUUCUCCAACGGGCUCUAUCCGUCCACCCGCGGAAUGCAUCGUCCAAAGCUCUCAGGCUCCGGUACCUGAAGGCCGGAGAAGAAACAUGGCAUGAAAGCAAGUUGCGGGCGGAGUGGGAGGACGCGCUGAAGGUAGGUGGGAUCGAGAUGUGGAUUGAGUGGCUCGACUGGAGAAUUAGGAGGGCGGAGAAAGGCGUGGAAGGAAUUGUCGAGGACGCGAAGCGUGUACUCGGUGCGGUGUGCGGGGACGAGAUCGGCAUGCUGAGAGCCCUUUGGCGGGUUGCUGUUGGCUUCCGGGACGCUGGCUACGUCGAGCGUGCCAACGCUCUAUUCCAGGCUCAAGCUGAACUGACGUACAGGACGCACCCUGACGUGGUUAGACAGCCCUUCGAGAGUCAGCUCGAUGCCCUCGAAGAGUUCUGGGAAUCGGAAGCUCCCCGCAUGGGCGAAGCCGGCUCAAGGGGCCAAGGAUACUGGGCAGCAACCCCCAUGGGCGAUGUCACGAAUUUGACCUCACCCCGCAAAACCGUCAGUGUUUCUUCAACGAAGCGCGAUCCCUUCCAAAGGUGGGCAACAUCAGAGUCCCUCUCAGACCGAGCGUACCAACUCCCUACGCGCUCAUUCGACGAGGCAGCGGAGGCAGACCCGUACGCAACCAUUCUCUUCUCAGACAUCCGGCCUUUGCUCGUCGACAUACGGAGACCAGAGGCGAAAGACGCACUGAGACGGAUCUGGCUCGCAUUCCUGGGUUUGCAUGUCCCCGGCUUUCUGGCGACGCUCACGUCCUCGCCGCAGGAGAGCACGGAUGACCGGUGGGCGUACGCACACCUUGCGUCGACCGCUCGGCUAGCCUCGGUUUUACCGUCCGAGGCUAACAACGCUGCGAGACGUAUUACCGCCGACGCGCAGGCAGGAGUGCUUAUUGGGCGUGAGCGCGAGUACUCCAGUGCAUUCGGACCCGUGAAAUGUUGGAGCUAUGGUGUGCUCGGUCCGUUGGAGGCGGUACCUGGCACACGCUGGACUAUGUGGGGCCCUGAAGAUGUCGCAGAUUUGGACGUGGACUUGGUUCGGGAGAUAUUUGCCCAGUGUCGAACGAGAGACAACGCAGAUUGGGAUGUUCUCUCCCUUGCAUUCGAGGGUGCAUGCAACCUUAAGAGUCCUGUAGCGGAAUCGAAGAAACUCCUGGCCUCUGCGCAGGAUUCUCUGCCACUCUGGGCUGCGCAUGCUCGGCUGCGACGACUACGAGGCCGUCUCGACGAUGCACGCAAAGUCUAUGGGACCAUCCUCAGUAGGCCCAAGUCCGAUUCUGCUGCUCAUCGUCAGCUGUGGUGGGACUGGGCGGAGAUGGAGUGGCUUGCAGGUCAACCCGAUAGCGCGACAGAGGUCAUCCUGCGGUCCACAGGAUCUCAAGGCACAGGAGGCAUUGCCGUCCUGCGAGCGAAGCGACAUCUCCAAGAAGCUACAACCAUGCCGUCUUCUUAUUGGAAGGAACGCGAGUACAGUAUCAAGCUAUGGGCACUAUUGGAACUCCUCACAGCUUCCGCGGACGCUGCGCUGGCGACACUUGACGUACACCUCAGCGCGCUGGACCUUGAGUCGACAGCACACGAGAGUUUGACCGUUGCAUCCCUGGAGCUGCUCUACGUCCACGGGAUCGUACUCCGGAAUCCCAUGCCCCCAGCCUUGUUGCGGGAGCGAGCGGAACACGUUAUCGAACAGUACCCGAGCAACACCAUCGUGUUGGGCAUGUUCCUAGAGGCCCAGAAGGGCCAGGCUAUCUGGGGGCGCGUCAAGACCCUGUUCGGGGAGGGUGCGGAGGUAGGCAUGGGAGAUAAAGACCUAUCUAGGAGGGUUGCGGAGGUUUGGCUCGCUAGCUGGGAGAAGGGUCGAUGGGAGGCGGAGCAGGAGCGGACACGAGGUGGGCUGUCGACGGCGGUGCAGAGCGAACGCACACGCGGCAGCACUGCGCUCUGGCGAUUGUACGUGCAGUUUGAAGUCAAGACCGGGCACCUGGAGCGCGCCAAGAAGCUGUUGUUCCGAGCCGUGGGUGAAUGUCCCCUCGCGAAAGAACUCUAUUUGCUCGCGUUCGGGCCACUGCGGAAGGCAUUCAGUGGACGGGAGCUCAAUGGAUGGGCGGAGACAAUGGCGGAGCGGGGCAUUAGGAUGCGGCGCGGCCUUGAUGAGAUGCUGGAAGGGUGGACAGAGGAGGGGGAGGAUAAUAAGGCGGGGGAGUCGGACGCGGAGGACGAGAUUGAGCACAACGCGCGGGAGCUCCGGCGCCUGAUGCCGUACUAG